GNUCCCUCACCUCCAGUCGGGCCAGUGAAGUGCGACCUUCGACCCGACCAAGAUGGCUCCCACCCUGGCCACUGCUUUCUCCCGCCGCUGGUGGAUGGCGGUGACGGCGGUCAUCGAGAACCUGCUCUUCUCCGCCGUGCUGCUGGGCUGGGGUUCCCUGCUCAUCAUGCUCAAGUCUGAGGGCUUCUACUCGUACCUGUGCAAGGGGCCAACAAACACCUCCAACGUCACCCUCUCCAGCCUUGCGGAGAUUGAGGAGUACCAGACGAUGAACCACUGGCCCAUCUGCAAGGACCAAGACGAGAUGCUGAACUUGGCUUUCACUGUGGGCUCCUUCCUUCUGUCUGCCAUCACCCUGCCCAUGGGCAUCGUCAUGGACAAAUACGGUCCACGGAAGCUCCGACUUCUGGGCAGUGCCUGCUUUGCCUUCUCCUGCCUCCUCAUCGCCUACGGUGCCAGUGAUCCCGCUAAUCUGUCCAUCCUGAUCUUUUUUGCUUUGGCGAUGAACGGGUUUGGAGGCAUGUGCAUGACCUUCACUUCUCUCACACUCCCCAACAUGUUCGGAGACCUGAGGUCGACCUUCAUCGCCCUGAUGAUCGGCUCCUACGCCUCCUCCGCCGUCACUUUCCCCGGCAUCAAGGUGAUCUAUGAUCUGGGCGCCACCUUCAUCACCAUCCUGAUGGUUUGGGCCGCCUGCGCCUGCCUCGUCUUCCUAAACUGCUUCGUCAACUGGCCUCUGGAGCCCUUCCCCGGCCCGGAGGACAUGGACUUCACGGUGAAGAUCAAGUUCAGCUGGCUGGGCUUUGACCACAAGAUCACAGGGAAGCAGUUCUACCGGCAGGUGACCACAGUGGGGCGCCGUCUCAGUGUCGGCAACUCCAUAAAGCAGCAGCAGCCAGCGGCUAGAGACUUGGCUGCACAGGAGGCCAACAAGCUGUGUCUGUCCACUGUGGACCUGGAGGUGAAGUGCAAGGAGAAGGAAGCAACUCCGUCCUUCAUGAAGAGUAUCUUCAGUCCCAUCUUCCUGCUGAGCCUCAUCACCAUGUGUGUGACCCAGCUGCGUCUCAUCUUCUACAUGGGCGCCAUGAACACCAUCCUGGAGUCCCUGACGGACGGAAACCUCGGCACAGUGGAAAAGAUGCACGUGGUGAGCGUCUACACGUCCAUCUUUGGCGUGCUCCAGCUUCUGUGUCUGGUCACCUCUCCUGUGAUCGGCUACGUCAUGGACUGGAGGCUCAAAGACUGCGAGGACGAGAAUGACAAGUGUGCCAAGAGGGAGCCUGGUCAACCAAGUCGCCCCAGCAAACAGAUCCAGAAGAUCGUCAACGCCACCAGAGCCUUCAUCUUCACCAACCUGCUCCUGGUUGGCUUUGGAGUCACCUGCAUCGUCCCCAGCCUGCCGCUUCAGAUUCUGUCCUUCAUCCUGCACACCAUCGUCAGAGGCUUCAUCCACUCGGCCGUCGGAGGCCUCUACGCUGCUGUGUACCCGUCCUCUCAGUUUGGCAGCCUGACAGGCAUGCAGUCUCUGAUCAGCGCUCUGUUCGCCCUGCUGCAGCAGCCUCUCUUCAUGGCCAUGGUGGGGCCGCUGGAGGGAGACCCUCUCUGGGUGAACGUGGGCCUGCUGGCGCUGAGCAUGCUGGGAUUCUGCCUCCCCAUGUACCUGCUGUGCCACAGCCGCCACCUCCAGCGCCUCAGGGACGAGCGCGACGAGGAUCCCAAGAUCUACGUCAAGAUCAACGAAGACAGCAAGCCCGAGGCCUACGUCUAGACCAUGAAGAAGAAGGACGAUCCUUUAAUAAACCUGACGAGGACAGACUGAGGAGAGGUGAGGGGUGAUGGCGGAGGGCACCUCUCAGCUCGUCUGCAUUCAGACGACUUAGGAUAUUUCAUACUGUACACCACUGUGACACCCUGUCUCACCCUCUCUGAUGAUAGACACUGUGAGAGACCUGACACACACACACACACACACACACACACACACCUCCCACUUCUUUGACUGCAGCUGAGGAGACUAACGGGAGAAAGAAGCAAUGAUGGACUUUUUACGUCUCCCUGAGUGACUCCUCUGCACACCCUCUCAUAUCCAUCACUGAUUGGUCGACUGGUUUCACCCUCUGCCAGUCCAACGUAAAAAAAAACAAAAAAAAAAACACAGAAGAAGAAGAUGCCAGCCAAUGGAAAGCCACAAGAGGAAACAGAUGUUAAAAAAAAAAAAAAAUCUCAGUGACAUUGUGCUUUUAAAGCCACUUCACAGAAACUGACUGUGACCUUAAGAACACAAACAGCCGUAACCAUGACGACCUUUGCUGUCCGAUUGGUCCAGGUUUGUCAGAGAUGCGGUUCAUGUCAUCUCUGUCACACAGCACAAGCCCGUGUCUAACAGGGCUGCUUGGCGUCUGGGCUUAAAUGUCUUUUGGGAGAGAAACACACACACACACACACACACACACUUGGUCGUGGCAUCUCUGCUUCCUCUCGUGCUCGAGGGCAUUAACUGAAUCCACAGACAGCAGUAUUGGUAGCAGCUCAGAUUGAAACCAUGGCAUGAUGCACACAUGAGUUAGUCAAGAAACCACUGCAGCGUCUCUGCGUGUGUGUGUCACGUAACGCAGUGUGUCUGGGGGUUAGAUCCUGCAUGACGCCAGAGACUGUGCUGGUCCCAUAUUACAGUUUCACUCAGUCACCAGUGCAGGAAGUCAUCCUCAACAUGCCAUGUGUGUUUUUAUUUUUUUUAUUUUAGCUCAUAUUACUUUUAUGUAUGAAAUAUGUAACCUUUUAUUUUAAAUGUAUUUCCUUGCAAUAUGAUCGCUGAUGUUAAAUCUAUUCCGCUCGCUACACACUCAUGAAUUUGGAGUCUUGAUUCGUUGCAGCAAUAAGUGCUUCUGGGACGUGCUGGGCAACACACACACACACACACACACACACACACACACACACACACACACACAGAGGCAGACGUGUCAUCUUCUGAACUGUAUUUCUUCAUCAUAAGGUGCUAGCUGAAUCACAAAAUGUUUUGCUUUAAGAGGCAGUCCAGGUCGUUUUACCACAAAGGCAACAGAUUGCCGUCAAAUUCCUCACGAGAGCUUUUUCUGUAACCGAUGACACAGUGGAUUCCAAAGAAUCAGUCAGGUCGCCGCUUCACGUGGCCGCUUUGCUUUUGGCUUCUUAUCAGUUUUGUGGUAAUUCUGCACCGUAACACAAAGUGCAGCCGCAGCAGCAGCAGCAGCAGCAGCUCUGGGAAACUUGAAUCACCUCUUACAAACACAAAGGGAGAUUUGUUGAAGGUAGCAGGCUGAUGAACACACACUCAACACAGACUCAACACACACAAUAAGGAGUCUCUGUGAAGUCCAGAGGAGGAGCACAGAGUGUGUAGAGCACGAUACAGGGAGAUAAAGAUAUCUGUUUGAGUCAACCUGCUGUCUUCAGAUGCCAUACAGAGAGUCUCCUCAGAUAUUUCCUGCCUGGCAGUAACUCACAGAGGCACUUCCAAAGACAGCCAUGACCCUCACAGUGCCUCUCUAUGUGUACAGAAGAUGGGCGGGGUGGAUCCAGGCAGGAUGUGGCGCACCCAGUCCCUCUCUCCCUCCAUCUAUCCAACCAUCUUUCACUUUCAUCCACCCAUCCGUCCGCAAACACACAAUGAAAUGUUUACUGACGACAGGUGACCGAGCUGAGAGACGAGCCUCUGCUGCCACGAGUCGCUCCCAGAGAGUGACUGAGAAACGAAUGGCACAUGAUGCACUUUAGACCCCCUUAGACAUGGACCUCAGUCGUGUAUUUCUGAAAUGGCCCCGCCCACACUGUCUCGUACACGCAGUGCAUGGCUGCUUGCUCGCGGUGCAUGAUGCAGAGAAUGUAAACUCAGAGCUUCAGAUGUAGAUUUUUUAAAUUCAGAACAUGGGAACGGAGAGAUGCUGUUAUUUUUUUAUACUCAGAUUAAAAACUAUAGCUUCACAUGUUCAUCGUAUGGCCUUGAUGUGCACGCAUGGUGCGGCAGAGUCUCGUCUCUCAGCUCGGGACCAAUCACAUGUUAGACAGAUCCUUAUUAAACUGCAUGAGCAAAGAGAAUUGUUCGGAGUUAUUUAAUCAUGUUUAGUUAGACGACAGAUGUGACGAAGCUUUUGUAAAGAAAAAAGUGUUUGCAUUCACAUUUGUACAUUUGCAGAAGAAAGUAAUGAAUCCUCACACAAUACCAGCACUCUUUAACCACUUUGUAUUCAUAGAUCCUCGCCAGACACCAAAGUCCAGCACCAAACAUUUUCAGUAAACCUCCACAGACCGUACGCAGGGGUUCAUUACAUUCUUUUACAUUUCCUUAUUAUUUUCUAAGGAACUCUGUUGAAUUUCUGUGACCAUUGUUGUGUCUCCAAAGUGCAAAACUUGUGUACUUAACAAAUCUCAAUCCAUCCAUUUUCCAUCGCUUACCCAGGUCUGGGUUCAGUGGCAGCAGACUCUGUUAGGUAUCCCAGAUUUUUGUCAGUUGUCAGUCUUUAUUGUGCAUGUUGUAGAAACAAGCCACACACAGACGCUGAUUGUUUUUGCACUAUUAUUCCUUAAUAAGUGGAGGAAAUUCUCACACACUCAAAUGUUCCACAUGUUGUUUCUAAACACCAGUUUUGUUCCUGAGAGAUACGACGAUGUGACUUAUGUUUGUACAUUUCAACAACAGAAAUGUACAAAGGUAAAUGUAGUGUCACAGAUCUUUAAAGGUGAAGUGUGUAAGAUUUAGGGGGAUUAGGUGGCGUCUAGCGGAGAAUCGCAGAUUUCAACCAGCUAAAACUUCUCCUGGUUAGAAUUCCUUCAGUGUUCAUUGUUUGGGAAGUUUUUACCAGGAGCUGAAUUAUCCACAGAGGUCUCUUCUUCUCCAAAACAAACAGACCAGGUGACUUAAACCGAUGAAAACACAAAAUAAAGAAGUUUCACGUUGCAAAUCAGUGUAUGUCCGACGAAGUUCCGAUGCUAGCCUUGCACCAACUAAUGUAUGCUCACCUUUUUUCUCCGAUAAAGUAAGCACUGGAUGUUCAGUAACUUUUUACCUUGAGCUAAAUUAUCGCAGAGGUCUCUUCCUCUCUUAAACAAUCAUUUAUAAACACUGUGUACGCACAAAACGAGGCCUGAAAGAGGCGUACGUCACCUCGAACAGAAAAUUUGCGAUCUAUAAAGACAGACUUGCGGGGCGUGGUUAUGACGCUAACCUAGGCACACGCAAUUUGGAUGAGCUCUUGGUGAUUGAAUUUUCAGUUUAGUAAUAUUUUUUGUAGGAGACAAAACUUGUAUCAUGCGGUCGAAAAAAACAAAUAUCAAGUUUAGAAUGGACUCUGUUGAGAAGGACGACAAGGUGGAUACUAGUAGCCAUGCUAGCACUAGCUCACCAGGAACUAGCCCGACCUGACACCUUGAUAAGGCAGGUGACGAAGAUAUUUUAAAGGUGGAUGUUAUGCAAAAACUUGACUUGAUGCGAAGUGACUUCGCCACCAAAAUCGAAGCUACCCAGCUGUGCGCAAUCCAGUCGAACAUCCGCACCAAGAGUCAUCAUUACGAAGUUUUUAAACCUCCAAGAUAAAAACUUGAUGGGAGAAACUUUGACCCAUGCUUACGGACAUUUUGGAGACGCGAAAUUGGCGAUGCAGAUGGUGAGGUGGAAGCCUCAUUGUGGAAAUACUUGUUGGCGCACGCCAUUUUUGGCUUCUGUCUGUACGAACAUUUUUAGUGUGGAUCCUACGUAUUGUUUUAUAAAUGAGACCUCAGGUGAUUUAAACGGCUAGAGACACUGAAUGAAGGAGUUUCAAGUUGCAAAUAAGUGUAACUCUGGCGCUAACUACGGUGGCCUACGCAAAAACAGGAAUUGCCCUAUGCGGAGUCAGUGUUUGGUUUGUCCCUUCUGGGCUACUGUAGAAACAUGGCGGUGCAACAUGGCGACCUCCAUGGAUAAGGACCCGCUCCCUAUGUAGAUAUAAACAGCUCAUUCUAAGGUAACAAAAAGAAAACAGUUCUUAUUUUCACGUAAUGAAACACUAAACAAACAUACUUAUUAUUUUAUAUUCAAUUGCUGCCAACAUGUCCCCCUAAAUCCGACACACUGGACCUUUAAGUACAAGUGUACCUUUUUGUUUUCACUUCACAGAACCUUGUUCACAUUUGCCAUUCUUAUUAAACACGUUAAUAAUUGUACUCCACAGAGUGUACCUCGUAGCGUGCUGGUGUGUCCUGUCACUAACACUCUGUCUUUACGUGCUGUAAAGACGACACACAGGUACAGACACACUCUGAGGCAGUACUUUACUCCAGCACCAUGAAUGUGGGUGAUGAAGGACACUGAUUUUUAAUUCGCCUGGUAGCCCACUGUGAACUCACUCUGCUGCAUAACGUGGCUCAUUACAGACUGUUUUCUGUGAGUUGAAGUCACGUGUGACAUCAUGUGAUAUCUGAGUGUGGGCCUGUGAGCGGUGAGUGACCGGGUGAACUCUUCAUUCCAUAAAAACCAAUCAGCACUUUCCUUCACUGCCGUACCUUAAACACCUCCCCGUCCUUAACGCCAUCACCCUCCCUGUCUUACCUUCGCUUCAUAGGAGUUCAGCAGUAGUUUGGUUUAUUGAUCGAUAUAUUGAUUAACUGUGUGUCCUCUGAAGAUGAAUCCUAGCGUCAGCUCAUGCUCACGGGUGUUUUUAUGGUUUUAUGUGAUGAUAGGAAAUGGGAAUAAUUUUAGCUCCACACCUUGUUCCCCUCCCUGGCAUGUGUAUUGUUUCUACCCAACAUGCUCCAGUUAAGUUUUACUGUCUUUUAUUAAGCUUGUUUUUUUUCCUCUGAUGUUUACGAUUGUGUAUUUUCAUGGUCUUAUAUUGUAUAUUUGGUUUCCUUUGUCUUGUACCACAGUAUAGCCAUUGUCAUUGACAUUUCGAGUCACGUUGUUUCAGCUGAAAGAAAAAAAAAAGACAGAUCAAUAUAUGAAACAAAAUAAACACAAUCAUUUGUAC